AUGGGUAACGACGGCGGCAGUAUCCCGACUCGCCGCGAGCUGGUCAAGGAAGCAGCACGUGAUCCCAGCGCGACACAGAUCAAGGAGACGCAGCACGAGCACCAAGAGUUCCACUGGACGACAGACCCCAUAUCGCUAGAGCCGCUGGCGCAUCCCGUGGUAUCAGACUCAUCGGGAAAGCUGUACAACAAAUCCACGAUCCUUGAGUAUCUCGUGGAAGGUACGCGGAAGGAAGAUGCCGACCGCAUCACACAAGGCUCGAUCCGAAGUCUAAAGGACGUGGUGGAGGUCAAGUUCGAGGUGGACAAGGAGGCUACCGAGUCGGCGAACGGCGCGACCAAGCACGUCUACUGGAAGUGUCCUGUGACAGGCGACAGGCUGGGCCCGGGCUCAAAGGCGGCGUACAUUGUGCCCUGCGGUCAUGCUUUCUCUGGCAGUGCGAUCAAGGAAGUGUCGGGCGAGAAGUGCUUGACAUGCGAGACGGAGUAUGCUUCGAACGAUAUCAUACCGAUCGUCCCCACAUCAAGAGAGGACAUUGCGAGGUUAUCACUACGAGCCAGGACAUUACUGGAGAAGAACUUGUCACAUUCGCUGAAGAAGGCGCCCGGCGGGAAGAAGCGCAAGAAGAAGGACGAGCCGACUGAGGUCCUGGCGGAUGAGAACUCGGGGUCAACGAACAAGGUGAAAUCGAAAGCAUCCUCCAAGGUCAAGGAUAUGGGAGAGAAUGGUGCAAAUGGCAUCAACAACGCCUCCACGGCAUCGCUCACGGCCCAGGUCAUGGAAGAGCAAGAAAAGGCUAAGAGGCGAAGGCUGGAGAAUGACAACGUCAAGAGUCUAUUCUCCUCCAGGGAUCAGAGUAAGCCGAUUGGCAAGAGCAGUGACUUCAUGACACGAGGAUUCAGUGUUCCACAGGCGAAGCGAUGA